AUUAAUUUCGGUGAAUCUUUUCCGAGAGGGGGCGAGAUCAUCUUCCCGCCAUAAAACUUUGCUUGAGGUCGAGGUGAAAGUACUUUCCACAGCAGCAAUGGAGUUCAGUGUAAGCGGUACUGCGCUCAAAACCUUCGCUCGCUCCAUCACCUGCCUCGCCCGCAUCGGCAACGAGCUCGUUCUCCAGUCCUCUUCUUCUCAGCUCUGUCUUCAUACUCUCAACUCAUCAAGGUCGGCUUAUCAAUCCAUAACAUUCAAACUGGAUUUCUUUGAUGUGUUCUCAGUAUCUGGCUCCCAAGUUCAAUGCAGCGUACUUCUGAAGGCUAUCUGCUCAGUGUUAAGAACACCAGUGGCGAGUAUAGAUCAUUUAACCGUACAACUGGCUGAUUCUGAUGCAUCAAAAGUGCAGUGGGCUUUGGACUGUUCUAAUGGGAUGAAAAAAACAUAUUGGAUUACUUGCAAUAUCGAACCUGAUAUACAACAUCUAUCACUUGAUCGAAGAAAGCUUCCUAGCAGUUUUGUAGUUAGGCCACGUGAUCUCAACAGGUUACUGGCUAAUUUCCAAUCAACCCUUCAAGAGAUUACAAUCAUCUCAACACAACAAUCUGUUUUGCCUCUUGAUGCUGCUGAUCAGAUUGGGGGGAAAGCUGUAGAGUUUAGAAGCUACAUUGACCCAACUAAAGAAAAUGAUUCAUCACUACAUACUCAGCUGUGGAUAGAUCCUGCUGAAGAGUUUGUGCAGUAUACUCAUACUCGUGAUCCUGUAGACGUAACAUUUGGAGUGAGAGAGCUGAAGGCAUUUAUUUCAUUCUGUGAGGGAUGUGAAGUUGAUAUACAUUUAUAUUUUGACAAAGCUGGAGAGCCAAUCCUAAUGGCGCCCAAAUUUGGCGUAGACGACGGCUCAUUUUCAAACUUUGAUGCUACCCUAGUACUUGCUACAAUGCUUGUAUCACAACUCAGUGGUGGGAGUUCCUCUGAACCUGCAGCAGCAACGGCAGCACAGCAGGGAACAAAAGGAAACACUACUGAGCACCCAUCUGAUUAUACCAGAAUUUGGUCCGAACUCUCCGGAAGUGCUGUAAGAUAUGGAAAUGCUGCUCAAGAUCCGCUUGUCCCUGGGGAAAGAAAUCAAAACACCAAUGAGCAGACCACAGUCCAGAGGAUUAGUGCGAUGAAUAUCUCUAGAGAUAAGAAUGCUGAUGGAGUUCCAGUUCACGGCAAGGACUUCCAUCCAGCGGAAACUGAUGAUACUAGACAGCCUGAAGAGAAUAAUGGGCGUGCCCCCUCACAACACCAUCCAAGCAACUGGAUAGAUGCAGACGAGGAUGAUGAUGAAGGGGAUGAUUCAGAGCUGUGUGUGCAGUCAACACCCCCAUACUCAUGAAGUGUGUGGCUAGUUCAAAAUUACCCUUUAAUCCUCAAUUGCAUUUGAAAACAUGUUGAGCAGUUACAGCAAUGAUGGUCACCACGAGCUAUUUUGUGAAGACUUGGAUAAAUGGAAACUUGGUGUAAAUAUUACUACUAAAUAUGCAGAGAUUGUUGUUCUUCCAACCAAAAUAUUCUUCAAGCUUUUGAUCUAA